CCCCGGGACGCGCGGCUGCUGCUGCUUCUGCCGCCGCUACCGCCGCUGUCGCCGCCGCGGACCUCUGCGCCCGCAGCCUCCGCCUCCCGGAUGGAUACUCUGCCCCGCGGCGGGCUUAACCUGAAGGAGGAGCCGCUGCUGCCCGCCGGCCUGGGCUCGGUGCGCUCCUGGAUGCAGGGCGCGGGCAUUCUGGACGCCAGCACCGCGGCGCAGAGUGGCGUAGGCCUGGCACGAGCACAUUUUGAGAAGCAGCCCCCCUCCAACCUCAGGAAAUCCAACUUCUUCCACUUCGUGCUAGCCAUGUAUGACCGGCAGGGGCAGCCUGUGGAGGUGGAGCGCACAGCCUUCAUUGACUUCGUGGAGAAGGACCGAGAGCAUGGAGCCGAGAAGACCAACAAUGGGAUCCAUUACCGCCUCCGGCUGGUGUACAACAAUGGACUCCGGACAGAACAGGACCUCUAUGUGCGCCUCAUUGACUCCAUGUCCAAGCAGGCGAUCAUCUAUGAGGGGCAGGACAAGAACCCCGAAAUGUGUCGAGUGUUGCUCACCCAUGAAAUCAUGUGCAGCCGAUGCUGUGACCGGAAGAGCUGUGGUAACCGGAAUGAGACGCCCUCAGACCCCGUCAUUAUUGACAGGUUCUUCCUCAAGUUCUUCCUCAAAUGCAACCAGAACUGUCUAAAGAAUGCAGGGAAUCCCCGAGACAUGCGCCGCUUCCAGGUGGUGGUGUCCACAACGGUGAGCGUGGACGGACAUGUACUGGCAGUGUCCGACAACAUGUUUGUGCACAACAACUCCAAGCAUGGCCGCAGGGCACGCCGCCUGGACCCUUCCGAAGCUGCCACCCCCUGCAUCAAGGCCAUCAGCCCCGGGGAGGGCUGGACCACGGGUGGCGCCACCGUCAUUGUCAUCGGUGACAACUUUUUUGAUGGGCUGCAGGUCGUGUUCGGGAAUGUGCUAGUCUGGAGUGAGCUCAUCACGCCCCACGCCAUACGUGUGCAGACACCCCCGCGGCACAUCCCAGGGGUGGUGGAGGUGACACUCUCCUACAAGUCUAAGCAGUUUUGCAAAGGAGCCCCCGGCCGCUUUGUCUACACUGCUCUGAACGAGCCCACCAUUGACUACGGAUUUCAGAGACUACAGAAAGUUAUUCCUAGACACCCUGGAGACCCCGAGAGACUGCCCAAGGAAGUGCUGUUGAAGCGGGCUGCCGACUUGGCGGAGGCCCUGUACGGAGUGCCCAGCAGUAACCAGGAGCUCCUCCUGAAGCGCGCGGCCGACGUAGCGGAGGCUCUGUACAGCGCCCCCCGAGCGCCCGCGCCGCUCGGCCCACUAGCUCCGAGCCAUCCGCACCCCGCUGUCGUGGGCAUCAACGCCUUCAGCAGUCCGCUGGCUAUCGCCGUCGGGGACGCCACGCCGGGGCCCGAGCCGGGCUAUGCGCGCAGUUGCAGCAGCGCGUCACCCCAUGGGUUCGCGCCCAGUCCCAGCUCGCAGCAGAGCGGCUACGGCGGCGGCCUCGGGGCUGGCCUCGGCGGCUACGGGGCGCCAAGUGUGGCCGGUCUCGGCGUGCCCGGGUCCCCUAGCUUCCUCAAUGGCUCCACCGCCACCUCGCCCUUUGCCAUCAUGCCCUCUAGCCCCCCGCUGGCCGCUGCCUCCUCCAUGUCCCUCCCGGCCGCUGCCCCUACCACCAGCGUCUUCUCCUUCUCGCCUGUCAACAUGAUCUCCGCUGUCAAACAGAGAAGCGCCUUUGCCCCAGUGCUGCGUCCACCUGGCUCCCCGCCCCCGGCUUGCCCCAGAGUCCAUGGAGAGGGACUUCCAGACCAGCCUUUUGAGGAUUCUGACAAGUUCCACACCUCAGCCCGGGGACUUCAGGGCCUGGCAUACUCCUAAUCAUGGU